AUGAUGAAGACAUUCAAAAAGCCUCGCAGGCUUUCUCCCAAGCAGACGCCUUGCACGCCUCGCUCCUGCCAGCGCAGCAGACGGAAUUUCCACACGCACAUCCAUCCAUUCGCCCGCUCCUCGCACAUGGACACCCGUGCGGGAGACGCACCCGCAUCCCCGGGUGACCCCGCAUUCCCACCUCCGCCUCCUCCUGCCCGAGCACAGCCUCUGGUCCCGGGGGGUGGCGAGCUCCGAGCGCUCCGGCUGCCCGGGGACCGUGCGGGAGGAACGCGAGGUGGAGCUCGCUUCGGGGGAGGGGGAGAUGGAGCCGGGGCGUGGGUAAGCCGCUCCCUUCUCCUUCCUCCUCCUCCUCCUCCUCCUCCUCCUCCUCCUCCCCCCUCGGCUGCUCCCGUCUGGCAGCCAGGCGGCCGCUGCCUCCGGCCGGAGCCGCCGCACUUGGGAAGCGGCCCCCGCGCUGCCGCCGGGAUGGGGACGCCGCUGGCGGCUCCCGCAUUCCUGCUCCUCCUGGCCGGCACCACGGGGCUCUGCCGGGCUCUCUUCUCGCUGCCGCUCCGCGUGUCCCGUCCCGCCGCCCCCGGCGGGUCCCCGCCCGCCCCGGUGGUGCUGCGGCCGGGGGGCAGCGCCCCGCAGCAGGACCCCGCCGGGGCCGCGGACGGCUUGGCCCUGGCCUCGGAUCCCGGGGGCACCCUCAACUUUUUGGCCAUGGUGGAGAACCUCCAGGGCGACUCCGGCCGCGGCUACUACCUAGAGAUGCUGAUCGGGACCCCGCCGCAGGCGUUAAAUAUUCUGGUUGACACUGGGAGCAGUAAUUUUGCAGUGGCAGGUGUGCCUGAUCCUGAUGUCACCUCCUACUUUGAUGCUGAGCUGUCAAGCACGUACAGAUCUGAAGGGAUUGAAGUCACAGUUAAGUACAGUCAAGGAAGCUGGACUGGAGUGCUGGGUACAGAUGUCAUUACUAUGCCCAAAGGAAUCUAUGGCAGCUACACCAUCAAUAUUGCCACCAUCCUGGAGUCAGAGAAUUUCUUCUUACCUGGGGUUAAAUGGCACGGGAUUCUUGGCCUUGCCUAUGAUGCCUUAGCCAAGCCUUCAAGUUCUGUGGAGACGUUCUUUGAUUCUCUUGUGAGGCAGGCAAAGAUCCCCAACAUCUUCUCCUUGCAGAUGUGUGGUGCUGGACUCCCUGUUUCUGGAAGUGGUACCAACGGAGGUAGUCUUGUCCUGGGUGGAAUUGAACCGAGUCUGUACACGGGGGAUAUUUGGUACACACCCAUCAAAGAGGAGUGGUAUUACCAGGUGGAAAUUCUCAAACUGGAGGUUGGGGGUCAGAACCUCCAACUGGACUGCAGAGAGUACAAUGCUGAUAAAGCAAUAGUGGACAGUGGAACCACACUCCUUCGUCUGCCAGAGAAAGUCUUCAGUGCUGUGGUGCAGGCAAUAGCUCAAACGUCCCUGAUACAGGAAUUCUCUUCUGGUUUCUGGACUGGUUCCCAGCUUGCAUGCUGGGAUAAAAGUGAAAGACCCUGGUCCUUAUUUCCCAAACUCUCCAUUUACCUGAGAGAUGAAAACUCCAGUAGAUCGUUUCGGAUCUCUAUCCUACCACAGCUCUAUAUCCAACCCAUCCUCGGAAUAGGGGAGAAUUUGCAGUGCUACCGGUUUGGCAUCUCUUCCUCCACAAACGCCCUGGUUAUUGGUGCUACAGUCAUGGAAGGCUUCUAUGUAAUAUUUGACAGAGCCCAGAGGAGAGUGGGCUUUGCAGUGAGUCCGUGUGCAGAAGCUGAUGGCUCUCCAGUCUCUGAGAUUGAAGGCCCUUUCACAACAGCAGAUGUUGCGAGCAACUGUGUUUCCAGCGUUUCUUUCCACGAGCCCGUGUUGUGGAUUGCCUCCUAUGCUCUCAUGAGCCUGUGUGGAGUGAUCCUCCUCGUCCUGAUCAUCCUGCUGCUCAUCCCACCCCGGUGCCAGCACCGCUACACGGACAAUGACGUGGUCAAUGACGAAUCCUCCUUAGUGCGUCACCGGUGGAAGUGAGAGACUUGAUCCUGAAAACCCUGGGACUCUCAAAAGAACAAAGAGCAGAGAACUUUGCCAAGGGGAAGAAGCCAAUGCCUCGGUCCUUUCUACGUCCAUUGCAAAUUGCUGUUGAAAUCCCACCAAAUAUCCUGCAUCAUAACUUUUAUAGCUUUAUUUUCUAACACUGAUUCUGAACCAAAGCACUGUUAACCACCUCUGAAGUGCUACGGUACUGGAUUUCCUACUGCAGUGCAACGAGCCUUUAUGCUCUCAACAGUACCUUCUUUAAAAAAAAGUCUUAAAGAAAAAGAUUUAGAAAAAAAAAAAAUAAAAAACCACACCAUCAUGUUCUUCCACUGUCUGAACAAAAUUGUCCAUCUCUCUUUCACAAAAAGGACCUGUCAGUAUUUUCUAACUAAUCAAGCCCUGACUGUAGAAAAAGAGAAAAAAAAAACUUUAAUAAUCUUUCUUAUUAAUUGCAUUAAAUGAAUCCUGCUUUCUGUUUACACCACUUUAUUUUGAAACUGUGCUUAUGGUGCGGGGGAGGGAGAAAAGUCAGGCAGAAAAGUAAGCAGCAGAGAGAAAAGCAAGUGAGGUCAAGAGGAAAUGUUGGUUUGUGGUUUCUUCUCCUCAAGAUCACUGCUGCCACUUGAGAGGGUCACCCUCCCUGAGUGUUACGAAACAGCUCGAGGUGGUGAAAACUGGGUAAACAAACUUGUUCAGCCUUAGUGUAAAACAAGACUACCUCUCUUAAUUCACAAGGAUGCUACCACUGGGGAGCGUGUGGCUUAGGACUGGUCUUGAAGCACAAGAUGCUCCAUCCAACCAAAUGGAACUGCUUGGCUUUGAAUUCUUAGGAUUUUAUAAAAAUUAGUACUUUGUGACUUUCCACUUUGGUGCACAAACAAAACAAAACAAAAAAGGCCUUUCCAAAAAAAGGAGUUUUCCCCCUCGUGUGGGAAUUUGUUUGUUUUUUUGAGUUGAGGCUGACUGAUACCUAGAAAAGGCUGAUCUGCAUAUGUAUGGGCAGGCAAUAAAGCAAAGGUCCGUGUUCUGUGAUGUCUUUCUCUAUUUCUAGUGAGUGUGUAACUAAAAGGAAACAACAAAAUAAGAAAGACAACCUUUUUUUUUUUUUUGCUGAACUCAGCAGCUGUGAGUUCAAAAGAGAAGUAUCUGUCUUUAUGGACAGGCUGUGAAGUGAAAGUCUUAAUGCUGGCUUGUUUUCCAACUCGAGCAGCAGUUGGAGGUGUUUAGUUUUAGCUUCACUGCUGUGUCAAUCAAAUGAAAAGUGUGUGUGGACUGACUGGCUGAAAACAAACAUAUGGUAAGACUGAGAACAAUAGUGGGAGAGAGCAAGGAAGAGUGUAUUUGACCAGAUUUCUAUUCUGCAAGUGCAGAUCUUAAUGCUGGGGUCAUAACUUGGGCUUUUCUUUGCAGAUAGGACAGUUUUUCUUGUCUCUAAGUCAGUGAGCAUUGCAGGACCUCCGUGGCUUCUCUGUAACACUGGCCAGUGUUUGGAUUUGAAAGAUAAUGCAAGGCUGAGGAUUUCACUGAUAAUUAUUAGUUAUCUUGGGAGGUAUUUUUAUAUAUAUGAAAAAAAGGAAAAAGUUAUUCCUUUGCAUUCUGAUAGCAGAGCAGUUUGCAUAUCUGUGUGGGAAACCAGGAGAGGAAAAAAAAAAAGGAAGCUUAACUCUGAAUUUCCCGAUGCCUUGCCUAGACAGUUUUCUGCCUAUAAUCCCUUCAUAUAGCUCUCUGAUUCACACUGCAUCUGCAUGGAAUAAGGAAAGAUUUUUGAGGGGGUUUUUUCAGGAAUGGUGCAUUUACAGAGGUGCACGUCAUGUGUGUGAAAAUAAAACACUGCGGGGGUAUUUUUAACUGACUUGUGUGUUUCACGUCAUAACUGGCAGGGCCUGUGGUUUUCUUUCCCUUUGAAUACUUGCACUCUCAGAUGGCUUGGCUCAAAAGAGUGAAAUAAUUGAUGUGCUGAUCCAACGUCUGAAAAUUAUUUCUCUUAGAAUUCGGUGUCGGAAACAAACUUUUUUGUUUGGAAUGUUUGAGUUUGUCUCCUUCUUCCUCUGCCUCUUGGUUUUUAAGAGGAGAAAAAUUGUGAACCACAAGAAAUGCAAGAAACCAUGAAGCUUAGCUGUUUUCCCAAUGUUCCAUCUUCCAUAUCUCCUAAUAUCUCAUAACUAUAAUUUUGAGUUCCAUGUUGUCCUCCUGGGUUUGGCUUUACACAUAACAAAUAAUUUUCAAGUCGUAUUCCUUCUUUUUCUACAGUAUGGUGAUAGAAGUAAUGCUUCUGUCUCUCGCUUUAAACAGAAACACAGUGAAUUUUGGAUUGAUACAGUGUUAAAACAAUAAACCCUUUUUCAAUUCAGAAAGUAAUAACACUUGUAUGCUAUUAAAAGGUUUCAUCACUGCUUCCCUCACCCCAGCCCCUCCUAUCUCCUUACCACAAAGAGUUUUAGGAAGGAAUUUACUGGGAAAGGUUCUCAGUAUGUUUCUAGUGCCAGCUGAGAUUUCUUCUGAGUUGGUUAACAAAAGUCUUUUUAGUGCACUGGAUUUCAUAUAAAAGCCUUUCAGUUUUACCCUUUCACUUUGAAUGUCACUGGUCAAGAUAUUUUAAUAAAAACACUUGAAUUAUAGGAGCAAUAAUCAAGCAGCACAGAGGAAAUACUAAUAUAUUCCUGAACUUUCAUGGCACUCCUUGCUACUAACAUUUGGCUUAUAGUAAAAACGCUGUUAGUGACAUCUGCUAGCAGCACAAACUUCAUCUUAGCUUGUAAAUUGAUACUUACACUGGCAGAUAUUCAGGUGAGUAUUGCUUUGUUGCUCUGGCAACAAGAAGAGCAAUAGAAGCCCUUGAGGGUUCAUUUUUAGCCUACAGCACAUUAAGGAAAAAUAAUGCUCUUGAGCAUUUUUGUGUGGAAGAUGAAAUACGGUGGCAGACUACAGUAUUACCAAGUGUGUGUCACUAGUGAUCUCUUUCCCUGAUAUCUUUAAAGGGAAAAAAAAUACGCUGGGAGGUAUUUUAUGUUCCUGUUAGUAACUUCAGAUGUAAGAUUAAACCAAACCUU